CCGCAAAAGCCCACUUCGUAACCCAUAGCAAUUGGCUAUUGAUUGACCCGACAAUGGCUAUCCACCCCGAUCUACAUGGAAAACCUGCUAUGGUGACAGGAGGUGGGAGGGGCAUGGGCAAAGCCAUUUCAUCUGCACUCGCUAGAUCUGGCGUAAAAGUCGCUCUUGCCGAAGUUGACGAGGCCAUCGGUAGGCAAGUCGAGAAGGAACUCGUUAGCCAGGGUUAUGAAGCACGCUUCAUCGAGACGGAUGUCACCAGCUCUAGUAGCAUCAGAAACGCAUUUGAGGAAACAAUCACAAUAUUCGGCAACCUUGAAAUUGCGGUGAUAAACGCAGGCGUGAACGACACCGACCUCUCCAGUGUCGCCUACUGCCUGAAGUGGGAACUGCAACAGAUGAUCACGCAAGGUCGCGGCGGCUCCAUUAUAAACAUCUCCUCCAGUGGUGCUCUGAAGACGAGGCCUAAUAUGCCUGCAUACUGUGCUUCCAAGCACGGUGUGGCCGCUUUGACCACCACUGCAGCGAAAGAAAACGGCCACAACCAGAUUAGCGUGAAUGCUGUCGCCCCCGGCAUGACCAAAACUGAAAUGCUUACCGACGCCCUGACGAAGAUCGGUGCCAGUGAGGACGCACUUGCAAAGCAAAGCUCCCUAUUGGGACGCUGUGCACGGCCGGAGGAGGUUGCGGAAAGUGUAUUGUGGCUCGCAUCCGAUAAGACUUCAUAUGUCACGGGUGUCGUUAUUCCUGUUGAUGCAGGGUACUCCUUGAUAGUAUUCAGAAACGGAACGGACUUUUACAAGGAUCCUGCCUUCUUUGGCAGUAUUGCGUUCAAUGACUCCAUUGCCUUUCUCACCGAUCCUCACGAAUACAAGCUCCGUUAUGACAUUGUGAAAACCUCCUUUGCAAAAGGACAUGUCGAUCUUCUGGCCCCCGAGCUGGAAAUGAUCGUGACCAAAGCUAUUAAUCAAGCAAAGAUCGCAGCGGAGACGCAGUGCCCGCUAAAUAUCCAACAGCUCUACCAUUGUGUCACGGCCGAUGCCAUAAUGGUAUUACUGUAUGGAAGAUCUUUAGACCUGGUUAUGUCGGGAAAAGCGUAUCCGCCAUUACUUUCCAGCCUAGCUAUGUUUGGGGAUCGAUUUCAUCUGUUCAGAAGCUUUCCUAUCCUCGCCCGGAUUGCCCUUAAACUCCCUCCCAGACUGACGGACAUGAUCGCCCCGGGCUACAUGGACUUUAGACAGCGGUGUUUGGAGUGGAUGAGAGAUAUCUCUGGAAAUCUUGCGCCAAGCGACCAGAAAGAAGGCAAUGCCCGAAUGACGGUUUUCAGUUCGCUUCUUCAAGCAGAGAAAGACUCUCCAUCACGGUCUAUGGAUGGGCUUGUUAAUGAAGCAUACUUCUUUUGCUUUGCUGGGACGGAAUCUACAAGCUACGCGCUAUCUUGUGCUACUUAUUACCUGCUAACGCACCCAAAUUGUGCAAAGAAGCUGAGAGAAGAGCUCGAGUGCCAGCCUGUGAACGCAGAUGGGAUUAUCGAAUACCAAUAUUUACGCAACCUACCUUAUCUGACUGCCGUGAUCAAAGAGUCACUUAGGCUGUCCUCUCCAGCUCCAACCAGACUUCCGCGUAUUGUUCCCAAAGGUGGAAUUGAAGUUGAUGGCCAGUUAAUACCACCAGGAACAGCAGUCUCAAUGUCGGCAAGGAUGAUCCACUUUGAUCCAGACAUCUUCCCCAAGCCCGACGAAUUUAAUCCUGAGAGAUGGAUUGGCGAAAGCGGCAAAACACUGGAUAAAUGGAAUGUUACAUUUUCCAAGGGAACACGCUCAUGCAUUGGCAUCAACCUUGCUUACCUUGAGUUGUAUAUUUGCCUUGCAAAUAUUUUUAACAAGACUCAGAUUGAACUGUACCAGACAGACGAGAUAGCUAUGGAAUGGAGUGACCACGGAGCGGCAAGAACUGCGAAAGAUGUCCAUGUGUUGGUGAAGGGGGUCAAAGACUAG